GCGGCAGCCGCUGGCAGCGGCCAGCGCGGCGGCCUGGCCCGCAUCGCGGCGGCCCGGGGCGGCCCCCGCGCACGGCUCGGCGCCGCCGCCGGGCAGCUGGCGAUGACGACGGACGCCACGCCGGCGGUUGGCGAGGCGGAGGCCCGGAGCGAGGAGGGCGGGCUGCUGCGCGGCGGGGAGGCGGAGGGGCCGCAGUCGCGCGGGUGCGGCAAGGCGGCGCCAGAGAGGCCUGCCUCGGUGGAUGUCGCGCUGUUCGCGAGGUCGCCGGCCGGGAGGGUCGCCGCGGUCGCGAUGCUGGCGGUCCUGAGCGCCGCCCUGCUCGUCGGGCUGGCGGCGCUGGCGGUCCUGAUCCCCGAGAUCCUGGCGGGGCCACGGGCGCCGGGCGCCCCCGCGCCGCCGCGCCAGCUGAGCGGGAGGCUGACAUCCGCGAGAGCGCUGCUGGGCUCCUCCGAGCUGCACGGAGUGGCCACCGACAAUUUGAUGAAGGCG